GCAGUCGAGAAGUUGUGGUGGGCUUAAGGGCUCUUCCUCAGAUUCUCCUAGCAUUCGUUGUCGUCCUAGUCUUAUAUUCGUACUAGGGUUGCAUACCCACUUGUGUUGAUAAGAUUCUCACAGCAUCUUGUUUAUCCGGUAGCGACUCCACACACACACAUGUGCUGUGCAUGCCCUUGCGUCCGUUAGGACACAACUGUGUCGUUGAAAAUAACAAGCACCUGAUAUCUGUGAUGUAGAUUUUGUCCACGGCUUUGGCUGGUACUGAUAGCACCCAUUAUCAGUACGAGGAACGCUCCAUUUCGCGCAUUACUGGUUAUUGGAAAUACGUUUGUCGAAUUUUUGCCCAUAAUAACGAUGGUCGUGGUGCGCAAAAGACGGAUUUCGGUUGGCGGAUGUAAUUGGCGAGCUUUUUCGGGAUAAUCGUGCGACGGAGAACACGUGUGCCAUGAGUGCGGGGUUCAGAAGUCCAGGUGAACUGUUGAUGUUCAGUGAACGGAGCGUUAGCCCAGUGGAAGGGGAAGAAACAUCGAAGUAUUUUAAGCGAUCAGCAAGUGAAAAGCAUUUCAGUGUGAGAAAGCUAGUGCAGCAGUUUGAAAGUCGCGCCAGUAAUCGCUUCGAGCGAAUCAGUGAUAGAUUUUCAUCGAAGAGGAAAAAAGUCAAACACACCAAGAAGGAUGCUGAUUCAGAUGGGUCAUUUUCAGCCGACGUAGCAGCAACAGCAAAAGCGGAGAAACCUUUGUCGACGGCGUUGUGGUAUCUAUCCCGAGAUAAGAUAACGGAAGAUAGCGAUGAAUGUGAACAUAUCGAUGACAAAGAAAACAUUGACGUUGACUUUAAAGAAGAAGUACUCCCGGAUGUGGGCGAAAUCUGCGAUUGUUGGAAUGAGUUCAUAUACCUGCAGCUGUCAAAGGAAAAGGCCGAAUAUCUUAACUCAUACGAUUCAGACUAUGAGGAAGAUUGGAAUGAAACUCCCGCCGAAGCAAGCAACACAAUAAUCUCAUUAAACUGGCCUGGGGAUGCAAUUCAUUACAUCGUGCACGGAUAUUAUCAGCCAACCGAUAACAAAGACCAACAGCUGGAGCAAGAUGUCGAAUCGGACGAUGGAUUUAGCGAAUCAGAAGAAUCGGUAUUUUAUGAUGCGGAAAUUUCGUUAGAACCCGUUCAGGUUGACGGAAAUGUCACGAAACUUUCUUACCUUAUCGAAGAGCUGAUUGAAACAGAACGGAACUACAUCAACACGUUGGAGAGAGGAAUUACGACGUACAUUCGUAACGUGUUCGACACAUUUCCCAUUCCUGUGCAGUUGGUGAAUAUGAAAUAUCAUCUGUUUGGAAACAUUGAAUACAUCCAUCAGUUUCAUCAAACGGUUUUCUUACCCAAGCUCAUCGAUUGCGGGAAAGCCGUACAAAAACUGGCGGAAGUGUUUUGCAAAUACAUUGAAAACGAUUCUUUCUACGGUUAUGUUUUGUACUCUCUUUACAAUGCUAAGUCGCAACGGUUAUGCGAACAGUUCGCACAAUACUUCGAAGGUCGCCAGAAUUGUAGUGGAGAUAAGCUUGGCGUCAAAAGCUUUAUUCUUCAGCCAAUUCAACGAUUGCCAAGGUAUAAAAUACUACUCGACAGUAUCGCAAAAGCAUUACGCUCCAGUGAAUCCGUCUCCGGAGACGAACUUAGCGUUCAGCUUAAUUCGGUUCUCCAGGCAAAGCAAAUGAUGGAAAGCUUCAUCACUACCAUGAACGAAUCUAUGGAAAUAGUGGAGAUUGUUGAAUGUAAGGAAGCAGAUGACAAUGAAGUCGAGCUUGGUUUCGGCGUCCCAAAGCCAGCAACAGUUCUUCGUGAGCAAAACAGCGAGAACCAGUUCAUCUUUCUAUUCCCUAGAGAGUCAGAAAACAUGGAAAGGAUUAAACCUAUUAACUUAUUGCAUCAGGGAAAAUUUAAGAAAGCUUUUCCAGUAUUCUUCAACGAUCUUCGACUCGGCCGUCAAUAUAAGGGAAAACUAUUCAUUUUCGAGCGAUGUAUCUUCUACACGGAAGAGCUGAAGACAAAACAGCUCAGCUACCGGGGCCAUUUCAGUCAUCUUGAGGUGUCGUAUGAUUUUAGUAAUCUGCAGAUACUUCGAAUAGUUUCAGAAAAAGAUGAACGCCAUUGCAUCGAAGUGAAGAUUAAUAUUCAAAAUCCUGAAGCCAACCUCGUUGUUAUUGUUGAACUGCUGCGCUCCAUCAUAGCCAGGCGCAAGAAGAAGGAUAGUUUCAUCAUGGAAAGCAAGGAGCUGACUAUAAUUAGAAAUUCGGUAAAGAACCGUUUUAACAGCUAUCGGAGUAGUUUAUCGAGCACUUCUAGUAGUUUUAGUUAUUUUAGUUCAGUAGGACAGGACCAAAUUGACGAUGUCACAAGUAUGGAUUGCAUUACUCAACAAAAUAACAUGCCAAACGAAAGUUCGUUCGACCAACUGGUGAACUAUAACCAGUACUAUGAAAAAUCCUUGAAAGAUAACACACAAUUCUACAUUUACUCUCUUCCCAAUGAUGUUCGACAACGAUUGCUCGAUUUGAGUGAUGUGUUAGAAGAGAUGCUCAAAAUACAACAGGGCAUUAAUUUCCGACUUUUUGAAGACAAUCUGGAGCAAACUUCGGAGCUAAGCUUCACCCACCUCUGUGAUACAUUCCAUGACAGCCUUAAACAGUCCGAGUUUGAAGUUUUUCUUCGCUAUGUGCAACACAUGAAACCUGCAGAGGCUGUGCUGAUGAGCUUUGAACACUUUUUUACUGGGCUGCCCAAAUCAGAAAACGUGAUAUGCCUGUCAAUAGAUGCAUUUCUACAUCUUCCUGUUGAAUUUGUAAAUAGGUGCUGCGCCUUUUUCGAGGCCAUUUAUAGUGACAUACACAGUGACACUGAGGAGAUUACGCUCAGAAACCCCAUACUCGACUAUAAAAUCUCUUACGUGCGUGGUCAGCUUUCAUUACUACGACAACGAGUCAACGAAAAUUACUACAUUCGGCAGCUCAUUAUGGAUGUAGACUUCUUGCAGGAAAUUGAGCUCGUGCAAUAUUCCGAAAUCAUAAAACUGGAAGGAUCCUACGCAAAUUACCGAUUAUUUCUAAUGAAAACUGGAUUGCUGUGUAUGAAAAUUAAUCAGGAAAAGCAUGACCAACCGGAAACAUACAGUAGCGUUACUUUGUACUACCCGUAUACGAAAACAACAGCCCGAAACAGUCAUCGGAGUGGAAAACGGUGGUCCGCCUAUUUGGAUGGACGGAAGACGACGUUGAUUUUCCAGGACAAGCAGAAGCGAUAUGUUUUCAACGAGCGAUAUAGCACACUGGCAGAGCAAAUGCGCCAAAGGGAGGGUGUACGGAAAAAAUCGUUUUUCAGUGCGUUCGAAAACAAAUAAACCACACUGUAAAACAUAGUAAAAA